AUGGGUAUUUGUAUGCAGAAACCAAAAAAGGAAUCCUCAACCAAAAAAGAGCAAUCCCCUAUGGCCACUUAUGAAACCAAAGAAAAAGAGCCAGCACAGCUCCAAAGACCUAUAAGGAAGCAGCAUGUACGGUUGUCAGUAGUGCCAUCCAAAACUCCUUUGGCAAACAUCGACUCAGACUUAUUAACAUCAGUGAAAGAAGCCAUUACAAAAUCAGAGAAGUCGCAUGGUGUCCCAGAAGAUGGGCAAAACGAAUCAUUAACGUUAGCAUUAGAUUUAUAUCGUUUAGCAUCCACUACAAGGUAGCCGUUUCCAGAGCUGCCACAAUAUUUGUCCACGUGCGGACCCAUGGACCUCUGGAUCGAUCCACUUCGUUACGCCAGGGCAUGGGCAAAUACAGCAUUCUGGCUUAGAAGGGCUGCUUGCCUCGCUUCUUUGGCUCAGCUCCUCACGUAUUCUGCUUAAGGGUCACCCUCCUCGGGUGCGCUGAGAGGUAAAACUUCGAGCCUCUUGAAGUACUUGGAGCAGCGCCUCGGCUUAUCUGCCAGAGUUAAACUGUUGUUGCUGUACAGAAGUUAUCAGAAAGAAAACCCAAUCCCAUAAAUAAAAUUUCAUGAGGGAGAGAAAAUUAGCGGAGUUAAUUUCACUUGAACCGAAUGCCAUUUUAUUUAUGGGCAAAAUGAAUCAAAAAAUUCCAGAAUUUUAGUAGCUGGCGCACCACAUGAAGGUCGGCAAAACGGAUUUGAAGAUAAGAGGAUCCGGUUUGAAGGUGAAAAUUCAAAUAUGAGCUAUGUCAGCUCCAUAGGGGUUGGGAUUGCUUGUAAAAAAGGCCUCAAAGAAGAUCCUCACAACCAAGAUGAUUUCACUGUGCUUGUUGACAAGGCGUUUCAAUUUUUCGGAGUUUUUGACGGUCAUGGGGCUUAUGGGCACGAAAUUUCGAAUUUUAUUCAUUUGCUGCUACCAAAAUUAAUUACCCUGAAAUUUAUGAAUUUAAAUUAAUUUAGUUUUAUAUGAAUUUUCAGAAAAUUCUUAUAGGUCUAGCAUAUAAAACAUGAACAAUUUGAAGAAAACAUCCAUGAAGCCAUUAUUCAGUCCUUUCUCAGAGCCAAUAGUUCUUUAGUAGAGCACUGCGACAAGCCAGAGUCUACCUACGACUGUAUGAUGUCAGGCACUACUGCUACCACUGUCCUGAUUAGAAAUGGCCACAUCUUCAUUGGCCACGUUGGCGAUUCCAGAGCUGUUUUAUGCUUAAAAAAUGGAGAAAACAUUGAAGCGAAGCGUUUAACUACUGACCACAAGCCGACCUUAGCCGGCGAGUUGCAAAGAAUUCAGGCCUGCAAUGGAGAAGUCAAGCAGCUGCCUGACGACGUUCCUCAUAGGAUCUUUAUGAAGGGAAAAGACUACCCAGGGCUUUCUACAAGCAGAGCAUUAGGCGAUGCCAUUGCACAGAUGGUGGGGGUUUCUCCACUUCCGCAAUAUGAAGAUGUACCAAUUCAAGAUAUACUGUUUACAUAAAGAAUAUUUUGAUAGGAAAAUAAAAGUAGGAGUAGAAAAUUUAUAGGAAAUUGGAAUAAUUUUGAGUAUAUUAUUAUGUGUAGCGACGGGGUCUGGGAGUUUGUAAAAGACCAAGAAGCCGCUGAUACAAUUGCGAAAUCAGGGAAAAAUGUGAGACAAGGAGCUCAGAAUCUAGCAUCUUUGGCUUGGCAAAGAUGGAUCACUAAUGAAGAAGAUGUAGUGGAUGACAUCACGGUGCUUGCAAUUCACUUGCCAAGUUUAUUGAAAUAA